UUCGAAUAAGGAGAAAAUCAAGACGGCGCUCGCAGUGGGGCAAAGGCAUUAUUAAGAAGAGGAAAGUCAAUAAUUUAAAGAAAGAUGAAGAUGAUUCAAAGUUUGCUGAUGAUGAAAAUCAUGGAGAGGACAGUAAAUUGCUGGAAAAUGGAGAGCUGGAGAUCAGCACUGACUGCAUUGAGGAGAAUGGGGAGGAAACAGGAGAUCUCUCUAUGACAAAUGAUGAAUCCUCUUGUGAUAUUAUGGAUAUAGAUGCAGAGCAGAGGCUUAACAAUGGGACAUCAGGAAAGGAAAACAAUUUUGCAUCCACAGAAGAAGAGAGCUCAAAUGAAUCUCUGUUAAUAACCGACAGUGUUACCCUGAGUGCUGAGAAGGAAUUAAGGAAGGACUCUACGUCGAAAGGAGACUGUGUGAAUGGAGAGGCGUCUGUACACAUCUCAGAGGGUAUAUCUGUUCCAGCAUGUCAUAAUGGUAAAAUGGAAUCAGUUGGUGCUGUUUCCCCCUGUGACAAUAGUGAUGGGUCUAGCAACAAGCAAAAAUCUUCAUCUGAAGAUCAGCCAAAGGAGAAAACAGAAGCUUUCAGUGAAAGUCAAGGAGCUGAUCUAGUGAAAGCUGAGUUACCACAUUGCAGCAAUAAUGAAAAAACACUACACAGCACAGACAUUGAAACUAAAGAUGCCGAAGCAGAUAAAGAAGGUAUAUUCAAAAGCAAGAAAACACGAAAAGUCACUAUGGAACAGUCAAAGCCCACGAGUUUGGAGCAGGUCCCAGAGGAACCAUUGGAUCCCUUACCCUCUGUAGUUGUUGACCAUGAUAGACUAAAGAAACUGCUUGAUUUGGUGGUUAAGAAAAGUGACAACCUGACUGUUGACCAACUUGAGAGAUUGUAUUCGCUCCUCAGUCAGUGCAUCUACAGACAUCGUAGAGACUAUGACAAAUCACAACUUAUAGAGGAGAUGGAAAGAACAGUUCAUGUGUUUGAAACAUUCCUGUGA